GUGAAGAGCCAUAUUCCGAGAGAAGCCGACGUGGCGGCCGGCUUGCUAGCAAAUUUUGCUGCAGCAAACAUGAACUUCUUCGGGGCCAUAUUGCUCCUAGCCCUAGUGGUGGGUGAGUUGAUAGCAGCUGAUGUUCCAACAUCAACCAACUCUUACCUGACCAAAGAUGAUAAAUUACGUCUCAAGAAAGUUCUUGAACCUGGAUUCAAAUUCCAGGAUCUGGCUUCCUUACAUUAUGCUAUUGUUGGAUACAAGCACAUGAAAGAACCAAUAAAAUUGAUUGGUGAAACUUGUGAAUAUCUCAUCAAAACAUCUAAGGAGCCACGUUUAACAGCAGAACAGCUGUUUUAUGUAGCUAACUCAUGGAAAUCCGCUGAAAGAUGUCAACCCAAAUCUUUGAACUUGGACAAUCUUGUAAAGUCUGUCAAAACCAUUUUGGAUAAAGAUGGUUCUACUGUUGCAGAAUUAUAUUAUUCUGUUAGCGCUAUGAAUUUACUAAACCAGAAGAUUCCAGAGGUUACAGUAAACAAGCUUGUAAAAACGUUACAACUUGCUCUCAAAAAAGAUGAUAGUCCAUUGAAUCUAGCAUAUGUGUUCCACAUUGCUGCUCAUCUCGGAUCUUCUGGAUCAUUUGCAUUCAACCACAUCGAAGAUGCUAUGGUGCAAGCUGAUGAAGUAGAUGGACGAUAUCUUCAGUUUGAAGGUGGCUUGUCUGUUACAAGCUUACUUGUCAAUGGAGUAUUCAAGCUAUCGCAGUCUUUGAAGAAAAAAGCACCUUUAACUCAAUUGCAAAUUGUGAAACUAGCCAAUUAUUUCUUGUCUCGGCGAUCUGUGCAAACUCCAAAGGGAGUCGCUAACUUUUUGUCGUCAAUUAAUACUUUGGCCACUAAUGAAUUUUACAAACCAACUUGCAUAACAUUGAAGGAAGAUGGUGUCGUUAUUUCAGUUAAACAACCAUUUGUGCAUAUCAAAGUAUGCGAUCUUCUUGGUAACCCUGUUCCAUCAAUAUCAAAUGUCAUUGCUAAUACAGCUACCAAAGAAGGAGAUGAUGUCGUUUUUGUUAGCAAAAAGAACUUUGAAGCUGCUUCCAAUGAUAAGACAGUAUAUUCCUUGAACUUCAUGACAUCUACCCCAGAACCUGGGUUUUAUAAAAUUGCUGUAUCUGCAGGCUCAGCAACUAAUACAGUAUUAAUUAAAGUCCUCACUGAAGUUAAAGUCAGUUCGUUGGAAAUUGGAACUGCCGAUGCUGAUCAAACAACUCAAGCAAAAUUAGUCAAAGUAGCUCAUCCUGAAAAAUUGAAGGAAAGAAUUGAAGCUGAUUCUCAACAAAAACUUGUAAUUAGAUUUUUGUUGAAAGAUGCCUUCAAAGAUAAACCAAUGCGAGUACAUCAGGCGUUUGUACGAUUAUCGACUAAAGACUCCAACAAUAAAAAUAGUCAAGAAAUAAUAUUUGUUGCCGAGCCAGAUUCUUCUCAUACAUACAAAUUUGAUAUGCAAGUAGGAGCAGAAUCCAAAAAUUUCGCUUAUCAGAGUGGAGAUUAUAAAAUCGAACUCAUCAUUGGCGAUGCCAUCUUGAGUAACUCAUUUGAAUGGACACUGGGAACUAUUGCAUUGAAAUUCCCAGAACCUAGUGCUUCGGAUGUAGCCGAUAAAUCUACGUACAGACAGAAACCAAAUGUAUACACAAAGAAACCAGAAAUUAAGCAUAUGUUCCGUGAACCAGAAAAGCGACCUCCAGAGUAUGUCUCCAAUCUAUUCUCAGGCUUAUGCAUCGCUCCAAUUUUCUUACUGAUAUUUUUGUGGGCUAAAAUUGGAGUUAACAUUUCCAAUUUCCCAUUUUCCAUCAGUGCUAUCACAUUCCAUUUAGGAUUAGGAGGUAUUUUCGUUCUGUUCGGAGUAUUCUGGUUACAAUUGAACAUGUUCACGACACUGCGAUAUCUGUCGAUACUUGGAACGAUCACGUUUUUAGCUGGUAAUAAAAUGUUAUCUCAAAUCGCAAAGAAUCGUAAACUAUCCGCUGCACGAUGAAGAAAAAUGAGUUUAUUUAUUCGAUGAGGAAUUUACCUACAGUGCAAAAAAGAAAAAUAAACAUUUUUGUCGCACAUGGACGAGAAUGAAAAAAAUUAUCAUUACCGCAAAGAAAAAUUAUUUAAUUUAUUUGUCCACGUUUCAACGAAACUCAGUGUACUUUCGAGGUGUUUGUAAAACACCAUAGUUCAUUAAGUUCCUAAUAAAAGUCAUUUUUUUCACCAACGAAA